GCCGCGCCGACGCCCCCUGCCGGCCGGCCGGCUCCCCGCGCUCGCCGGCCCGCGCCCAACGCUCGGCUCCUAGGCGCCCGCGGCCGGAUGCCCUGCGUCCGCACGGUCCUCGGCCUCCUGGCGGCUCUGGCGGCCUGCGGCGCCGUCGCCUUCCUCGGUUACUGCGUUUACUUCGACCGGAAGCGGCGUGGCGACCCCGCGUUCAGGCGCUGCCUGCGGGACAGUGAGUGCGACGGCGGCGCGGCCGGGCGGGCGGCGGGCCGGCCCACGGGGCGAGGGCUCGGCGGAGCGCACGCGGGCGUCGGGGUGGCUCCGAGCAGCACGUGCCAUGUUGUGUUUGCAGAAAGAAGAGCCCAGCAGCAGAAGGCUGCGGGACGGGGCGCCCAGUUGUGGGAUCCAGCAAAGAAUGAAAAAUUGCAAGAACUUUUUCUGCAAGAGGUACAAAUGGGACAACUUUGGUUAUCUAGAGGAGAGCAUCAGUUGGGGGUUGAACAUCUCAGCAAUGCCCUUUUAGUGUGUGGACAACCACAGGAACUUCUGAAGGUUUUCAAACUCACACUCCCUCCUCAGGUAUUUGAGAUGCUGUUACACAAAAUUCCCCUUAUUUGCCAGAGUCCUGGAAGAAGAGGAGAAAAGAGCAAGGCUGUAAAAGUACUAGAAGAAAUAAUGGCUGAAAACAUCCCAAAUUUGGCAAAAGAUAAAUUUAUGCAUCUAAGAGAAGCUGAAUGAAUGUCAAAGAGCAUAAACACACAGAAAUCUACAUCAAGAUACAGCACAGCCAAGCAUCUGAAAACUAAAGACAAAAAUUUUUGAAAGUAGCAAGUGAAAAAGUAACAUCUUACCUACAGGGGAAAACAAUUAGGAUGACAUCAGUCAACCCAGAACCUGCAUCCAGAAAAAAUACACUUCAGGAAUGAAGGGGAAAUCAAGACAUUCUCAAAUGAAGGAAACUAGAAUUUGUUGCCAGCUGACCUACCUUAAAAAAAGAAUUAAAGUUCUAAACAGAAAGGAAAUGAUAAUAGGAUACUUGGAACAUCAAGAAGGAGGAAAAACAGAAUAAUAACAAAUAUGAGUAAGUGCAAAACACUUCUCUUCUAAAGUGUCCUAAACUGUUUGACAGUUGAAGCAAAAAUUAUAAAACUGUCUAAUGUUGUUUUAAAUGUAUAUUAAUAAAUAUGGUAAAGGUAAAGGGAGGUAAGGUUUCUAUACUUCACUGAAACUGGUGUUGACACCAUUAGACUGUGAUAAGGUAUAUAAAUAUCAUGAAGUAACUAGAGCAGUCACUAAAAAGGAUACAUAAGGAAACAUUCUCAAAAAUACUAUAGAUAAAUCAAAAUGAAAUUCCAAAAUAUAUUCAUGUAAUCCACAGAAAGGCAAGAAAAACAGAACAGAAAAUAAAAAAUAGCAAAUUUAAGCCCUAAUAAACAAAUACAUUAAAUAUAAUUGGUGUCAAUAUUCAAUUAAGAGAGACUGGUAGAAUGGAUUAAAAAACAUUACCAACUAUAUGCUGUCUCUAAGAAAAUUUUUUUUUUUUUAAGAUUUUAUUUAUUUGACAGAAACACAGUGA